CACAGGAUGGGGACGCGAAUGCGGCUGGACAGCGCCAUGUCCAAGUCCACGGUCGGAGGCGCGCAACAGCCUCUGCUUGCCAUCGACCCCUUCAACACGUUCAAGGUGGACGACCUCACCAACUACUCGAUGGACGACCAGCGCUGGACGCUACAGAGGAAGAAGAUCGGGCUGAAGAGGAGGACGAAGGGGACGCGGGCGAUGCGGGUCCGGGACAUCAGGACGAGGGACAUCAACCUGACUUUCGUAAGGUCACACUUCACGAGGAAAGAGUGCGUGAGAUACUGCCAUGAUCCUAGCCGAAAUGGUCGCAAAAUUUGCUUCUGCGGCCUGGCGGAAGUCGACCAUCUCUCCCGCGAGCGCCUCCUCAAGCCCGCCUCCGGAGCCAAUACGCAGAACGGCAGCCGCUUCGGGUCCUUCCAAGAGGAGGGAGAGGAGGUGGAGGAGGAGAUCAACAUGGGGGACAUGAACAGCAUGACCUCCUCGAUCAUGGGCAUUCUGGGCAUCAAAGGCGCGCCCUGGACUCAGCCUCCCUUGGCGCCCAUUGCAGCGCGAGGCUCAUUUGACUCGAAAAGCGUAGUUAGUGACGUGGAAGCCGGAACUGACCGUCGACUUCCCGAGAGCCUCGCCAACGCCGCUGGGAUCACGCCGAGGAUGCAGUCGCGUGUGUUCCCUAUAGAUCAAGGCCUCACUCCAACAGCCUUCCUCGAACCCAAGCUGCGAGUUCCUCCGGCGACCGCCAAGUGGGACUCGAGCACUCACCUCCAGGAGCUGCCGACCAAUGCCUAUGGGGCAAUCGAGUUCAUUAAUGAGACCGCCGGCUCAACCAAACCAGCCAAGUACAUCAGACUGUCAGACACCACGAGCAUCCAGACGGUGCUGACGCUGCUGACGGACUACUGGCGGAUGAUGGAGCCCCAACGCCCGCAGCUCGUCAUCUCGGUCACGGGCGGCGCCGACUUCCUGAGGCUGGACGGGCGGAGGAGGGAAAUCUUCUCCACGGGGCUGAUGAAGGCCGUCAAAUCCACUGGUGCCUGGAUCCUCACGGGCGGCUUGCAUUUGGGCGUGAGCAGGAUCGUGGGCGAGGCUGUCAACGAAAGCCAGUACAUUGUCAAGGUCAAGCGAAAGGAAUUAUUUUCGGAGACGCAAGAGUACCUAGUCAGAGGAAUCCGCUGUCUUGGGGUGCUUCCUUGGGGCUUCGUGAGGGACAGGCAUCUCCUCCUCAACUCCGAUCUGAAUGAAUUUGAGGAAGUGAGGUACAAAGUCCAGGAGCGGACGAGCCAAGACGAGCCCACUUCCCUGGACGGCGACCACACCCACUUCCUGAUGGUGGACGACGGGACCCGCGACCACUUCAACGGCACCGUCAAUUUCAGGACCCGCCUGGAGGAGGCCAUCCAGGCGGAGGAACCCACGGGCCUGGGCAUUCCCGUGGUCGUGGUGCUGCUCGAGGGAGGCCUCGGCGCCCUGGGCAAGUGUGCCAUGGCGCUGAAGAAGAACAUCCCCGUGGUGGUCGUGGGCGGCACGGGGCGGGCGGCCGACCUCCUCGCGUACGCCGUGUCCAUGACGGUUCGAACUGCGAGGUGGGUGGGCGGCGGGUCGGGGAAAGGAGGGGGUGAUGCUUCGUACAAUCACACAAAGAAGGCCAGACUAACGCAAGGCCGCUCCCUCAGUGGUCGGUACAUCCUGCGAAGGCAAUACGUCACGCAGCUGAUGACCAAGAUCCUCGCCGCCAUGACCGAACUCCAAGGCAAAACGGAGAAGCAGAGGAAAUGCGCGGACUACGUCUUGGAGUGCUGCGCGAGGGCCAACAUGAUCAUCACCUUCGACAUCGACUGCGGAGAGGGGCUCGACCACUGUAUCCUCUAUGCGUUACUAUCAGGAGGAGCUCAGUCCUCGCGCCUGGAGCAGCUGAGCCUCGCCCUCCUGUGGGACCGGCCGGACAUCGCCGAGAACCACAUCUUCCCGGCCGAGUCGAACUGGGCGUCGUGGGACCUGAAGGACCUCAUGACGACGGCGCUGCUGGAGGAGAAGGUGGAGUUCGUCAAGCUGUUCAUCAUGAACGGACUGGUCAUGAGGGACUACCUGAACGUGACGACGCUGCGGUACCUGUACAACGAGGCGGUCAGUCGUUUGUGCUCCGAGUCACGUGUUGUAAUGUCGCUUCUAGACUCUACUUGGCAAAAAUAUCAUUCAUGA